GCCGAACGCCCAUCGCCACCGUCGACGUCUCGGCCCGGCGGCCGCAAUGUUGCUGUUGGUUCCGGUGUGGAUUAUCGCCGUCGCCGCCGACAACGAUGCGGCCGCGCACUACACCAACCAGUUCGCCGUCCGAGUGGCCAGCGUGGGUGGCGACCACGGACUGCAGGCGGACAGGGUGGCCAAGAAACACGGAUUCCUGAACCGUGGACAGAUUGGGAGCCUUAAUGAAUUUUAUCUGUUUGAACAUCAACACGUACACAAAAGAUCAAUUUACGUUGAUGAAAAAUACCAUUCUCGUCUAAAACUUGAUCCUCAGAUAAUAUGGUCACAACAACAGUAUGAGCUCAAAAGAUUUAAAAGAGAUUUUGUACCAACACGAAAUGUUACAAAACACGUUAGUUCAAAACCAGUAUUGCGGUUCCCCGAUCCAUUAUUUGGUGAUCAAUGGUAUUUGAAUGGAGGCGCCAAAGGAGGAUUUGAUAUGAAUAUAGGACCAGCCUGGCAAAAAGGAUACACAGGAAAAGGAGUAGUUGUGUCUAUACUUGACGAUGGUAUACAAACAAACCAUCCGGAUUUAGCUAUGAACUACGACAAAGCAGCCAGUUGGGAUAUAAACGAUGAUGACGACGACCCAAGUCCAAGAGAUGACGGAGACAACAAACAUGGUACAAGGUGUGCUGGAGAAGUUGCAGCGGUCGCGUUUAACCAAUUCUGUGGCGUCGGAAUUGCAUAUAAUGCAAAAAUCGGAGGUGUCCGGAUGUUAGAUGGGGUUGUUAACGACGUGGUUGAAGCAAAAGCAUUAAGCCUGAAUACAAACUAUAUAGAUAUAUACAGUGCUUCCUGGGGACCAGAGGACGAUGGGGAAACAGUUGAUGGACCUGGACCAUUGGCCAAAAGAGCAUUCGUUAAUGGCGUUACAUCGGGAAGACAAGGCAAAGGCUCAAUAUUUGUAUGGGCAUCGGGUAAUGGUGGUCAUCAUACUGAUUCUUGUAAUUGUGAUGGAUAUACAAACAGUAUAUAUACGCUAUCCAUUUCGAGUGUCACUCAAACCGGAAACAAACCAUGGUAUUUGGAAGAAUGUUCAUCAACAUUAGCCGCUACUUAUAGUUCCGGUACGCCAGGAAGCGAUCACGGAGUGACAACAGUUGAUAUGGACACAAAAAUGAAACCAGAAACUAUAUGCACGUCCGAACAUAGUGGAACUUCUGCUUCAGCUCCUAUUGCAGCUGGCCUUUGUGCUUUAGCAUUAGAAGCGAAUAGUAAUCUUACUUGGAGAGAUAUGCAGUAUUUAGUUGUUAUGACUUCAAAUACAAAACCAUUACAAAAUGAAUCUGGUUGGACAACGAAUGGAGUUAAUCGUAAAGUAAGUCAUAAGUUUGGUUAUGGGCUCAUGGACGGGGGUGCUUUAGUUACAAUGGCAGAACAAUGGACUAAUGUUCCGCCACAGAAAAUUUGUAGAGCCAGAGAAGACAAUAAACAAAGAUGGAUUGAUCCCGCCCCAGGUAGUGUAUUGUCCAUGUUUAUGGAUGUGGAUGGAUGUCAAAAUAAUUCCGCUAAUACCGUUAACUACGUUGAACACGUGCAGUGUCGAAUAUCGCUUAAGUUUUUUCCUAGAGGUGAUUUGAGAAUCUUAUUGAUUUCACCAAUGGGCACAAAAUCGGUGUUGUUAUUUGAAAGGCCAUUGGACAUAAUAAGCAGUACAUUUGACGAUUGGCCAUUCUUGAGCGUACAUUAUUGGGGUGAGAAAAUAGCUGGUCGCUGGGAAAUCAAAAUAAUCAGAAGAAUGGCUAAUUCAACUGCUAAAAGUCCUGGAUUAUUGAAAAAGUGGCAGUUGAUAUUUUAUGGUACAUCUGAGCCGCCGGUAAGAUUAAUUCCCAAAAAGAAAUUCUUCAAUCAGAUACAGACAAAAACGAAAUUAAAACAAAACGAAAAAGAGGUAUUAAAAAAAAUCAAGUAUCAAGGUAACUUGAUGAAUGUUAAAAAUGAAACUACUACAGUUAAUGGUACUUCAUAUAACAAUGAAUCAAUAAGCACGUUAAUUCCAUUCAUUAAACAUCCAUGUAUAAAUAGUACAAAACAUUGUCAACAAUGUUUAAAUACUUACAACGAUUCACUAUGUAAUCGAUUAAAUGAAACUGACAUCGUAUAUUGUAACUGCUCAAAUUCAAAUAAUGAAAAAAGAAGAGCCAACGAUGACAAUGUCGAUACCAUAUUUUACAGUUCUUUGAUAUCUGAUCGAAACCACGUGACUAAACCAGGAAUAAGACUAGAGAUCGUUAUUCUCGUGAUGCUGUUAUUGAUAUGGCAUAAUUUCUAUCAAAAAACAAGAUUGGCGAUCGAUUGUGGAAGAACACAUGGUAGAGGAACGACGGUGGCCACUAAAACAAACGAGUACGUAAAACAUCCACUUGCUCUACAACGCGUUGGACAAAACAAAGAAAAAGUUGGAAUAAUGCAAUGCUCAUUCGAAGAACUAUCGGCAAUGAAGUUUAAUACAAACUAUAAAAGCAAACAAGUGAAAAAUUAUGAAAUCCACCAGGAAGGCAUUAAAAAAACAUUGAAAGAUAUCAUUACUGAAAUCGAGGAAAAGGGAGACUUAUGUUAUAUUCCCCCAUCCAAUACAAAUGGUGAUGAAAUUCGAUCUUCUAUUAAAACUAAAGAACAAAGAUCUGUAUCAGAAGACUUGACGUGGGAAAAUAGACAAUUUAUAUGUCUUUGGAACGAUUUAAAAAUUGGAGAGAAAUCCGAUCCAUAUGUUAAAGACUGCAAUAAUACAAAAAAAGAGUCUAAUGGCAUAACAAUUAAUGCUGAUGACGGAUUGAGCCACAAACAAGUUGACUUGGAUAAAAUUUUUAAGCCAGCAACAGAUUCUGGGGAAGUGUCUCCAUCUAAAAACAGGAAAAUGUAUGCCAGUAGUAGUUUUUAUGGUCCAGAUCACCCAACAGUAGAACAACAAUUUGAGUUAGCUCGCCGUAUAUCAAGCUCAUUAAGUGAUAUAAGUAACCAACAGAGUAAAGGACAAUCCAUGUACGUUAAUCGUAAAAAGAGAUCAGUCAAAUGGGUUCAUGAAGGAGAAGGUAAAGGUCCUAUGCCAUCAAAUUUUCCACUUGGAAACCAUCAACAAAAUUAUGAAUCUACUGACACUUCAGAAUCAAAACAAAUUCUAAAAUUGGUUAUGGAUCCACGAGGUCAAAUACAAGAUUUACAAACAUUACGCAAACUUGGAGAAAAUAUUGAGCCUUGUCUUAGUCCAGAAGUAUGCUUUGAUUUAGUCAGAGACUUAAAUGCCACAAAAGGAAAAGGGGCUGCAUUAUUCGCAAAAAGGCGUAAAAGGUCUGAAAAUUGGAUAGUAGAUGAGCAUAAUGUUAAAUCUAUUUCACCUAGUCUUUCUGAACCUGCAAAUAUAAAACAUGGUAGUAAUAACAUCUCAAACCAUCAACAAGGUACCAUGAGAGCGGAAAAUAUUCAAAAAAUGAAUGAAAUUCAACAAAGGUUCACUCAACCUCGUUUGAGAAUGAUUAAAUCUCCAUGGGAGGCAGCUUUGGAAACAGGAUCUGUCGAGUCAGCAUUUCAAGAAAUGUCUCCAAAUUUUCCACCGAGAGGAUAUAUUGUUGCUCCAACUUCAAGUGCUUUAGAAGCACUUAAAGAUGGUGGGAGAACCUCAAGAGCAACUGUUUGUUCAACGCCUACAAGAACUGCAACACCAAAAAGUUAUCAAGAUAUAUAUAUGCCUAAAAUACCCAGAGGCUGGAAUACGCAAUGUAACAGACAACAGCCUCCAACUUAUGGCUCAGUUAAACUGGAUCAAAUUUUUCGUGGUACCCCACAUUCUCCAGUUAGUUUAUUGAAUAAGGCUUCAAUCUGUUCAACUGGUCUUACUCCCAAAGUAUCUGAAAAUUUAUCUUAUACAACUUUUACAAUUGACAAAGAUAAUUCACUAACUUUGACUCCAGUACCUAAACCCCCAGCAACUUAUCAUGGUUACUAUGAAGAACCAAAAUUUCAUAAAGUUGAAUUUACACCAAGAUCAACUCCAGGCUUAGACCAAAUGAAUGAAAUUCAUAAAUCGGAACAUGUUAUAGAAGAAAAAUUAAAUGAAAUACAGCCCCCUACGCAACAUGAAAAUGGAAAACAAAAGUUUGAAUUACAAAUAAAAGAAAACGAAAAGCCAAAAUGUAAUAAUUACCAAGUGUUUGUUCCCAAAGCACAUAAAACGUAUGAAGAAUAUAUGCCUAAUAUAAAUGCUUACACUGAACCGCACCGUGCUGAAAGUAGAUGUUCACUUAAGUCACCGAGUAGUUUCAUUGGAACUAAACAGGAAAAAUCCCCAAACACUGUAAUACAAGAAAGAUCUCUACCUGUUAAAACGCUUAUAGAUACAUUCGAGCACAAUAAUAGACCUGUUAUGCGGUAUUUACAACUUGAAGAAAGAAUACCGUUAAGUGAAGAGAUAAAACAUUUGCACGAUGAUCCAAAGCCGGUAUCAAUUGAUGGUAAUUUAACGGACGGACAUGAAUCGUCUUAUAUUGGUGAAGAAAAUGGAUUCUAUACAGCCAAUACAGCAGUUGAAACAAGAAGUUUCGUGUAUGGUAGCAAUGAAGAACGACAUGGCUGUGCCGAUGAAAUUAAACCCCAACACUUCGACAAGUCUGAAUAUUACGUAGAUUCAUCUGGCAUCAAUGAUACGUCUCAAUAUUGCAAUAUGCCCGAUUUUACAGAUCGAACAGGAACAAAUAAUAAGUCUGAAUAUGAUAAUAGAUCUGAUUGUGCCGACCAGUCAGAAAUCAACGAUAAGUCUGAGUACGGUGAUAGAUCAGAAUAUGCAGAUAAAUCAGGAAUCACUGAUAGGUCUGAAUAUGGCGAUAGAUCUGAGUACACCGAUGAUGUUUCAUUAUCAUUUGAAGUAAGGGGUGAUAUGAAAUUUCAGACCAUAAGGCAAUUAGCCACACCGGAUAGUUUAGAGUCUAGCAUGUUAUUUGCUCAAAAACAGAGCUCACGGGAUGACUACCAUCAAGAGUACAAUAAUACUGUUCAUAAUACACCACGUAAAACUGCAGAUCCUGCAUAUGUGGCUCCAUCAAAAAAUGUUCAGUUACCGUCAUACAAAGAUUAUUUAUCAUUGAGUAACUAUAACACUGCACCAAGAGGUUGGAAACAAGGCGAUACCAUAUUUUAUAGACCCGUGACAUUCAAUAACCAACCAAAUCGUGAAGAUACUCGCAGAAAAAGCUUUACCGACUUCUGAUGCCCAUUUAAAUAUAUACCUAUAUUAAUCAAAAGGGACCGAUUAACGUGGAAUGAUGAUAAUGUAAUAUCAUAUACGCGUGUUUAAAAAUAUUUUGCCUGUAUACAGAUUUUAUGAGUCGAGGGGUUUCAAAUAUCGUUGGUGAAUCGAAAAAUGUUCGAUUUUUUUUACAUAAAUUAACUAUCAUGUUUUUAAAAUGCUUUCAAGUUAUACACAUUAAUUUGUGUUGUAUUAUUAUAGGUAAUAAUUGUAAUAAUUGUUUAUUUAUUU